AUGGAAGAUCAGACACGAGUACGAAAUUCCGAUUUUUCUACUCCCAUGACACAAGUUCAAUCAGGAGGAGAUAGGGAGGAUCCAACAGAAGUAAGAAACUCCGAUUUUUCGACUUCCAUGUGUAGCAACUUAAAACAAGAAGAAGUGGCAAUAGUCCUGGUUCCAUUUCCAGCACAAGGCCAUCUCAAUCAACUUCUUCAACUUGCCUGUUUAAUCUCCUCAUCAUAUGAUCUCCCUGUCUACUAUGUUGGCUCAGCUACUCAUAAUCGUCAAGCUCGAGUUCGAGCCAACGCCUUAAAUCCAUCAGACAUAGCAAAAAUCCACUUCCAUGACAUCCCAACUCCUGAAUUUGCCUCACCACCACCUGACUGUAAUGCCUUGAGCAAAUUCCCAUCACAACUUCAGCCAUCAUGGGAUGCUUCUAUGCUUCUUCGCGAGUCCGUUGCUUCUUUCUUACGCGAUAUUUCCACAAAAGCAAGACGCGUUGUUGUUGUUCAUGAUAGCUUAAUGUCCUAUAAUGUUCAGGAUGUUACGUCCUCUCACAACGCGGAAUCAUAUAUAUUUAAUUGCACUUCAGUGUUCACUUUGUACUGUAUGAUGUCUUUGUUGAUGGGAAUAUCUGUUCAGCUCGACGAGGAAUUGCUUAAAAAGUUACCUUCCCUUGAAGGAACUAUGACAGAUCAACUCAUGAAUCUUGGAGCUUCUCAGAGUCCAUUUAUGGAUAUUAGAUCAGGUGAUAUCCAUAAUACAAGCAAAGUAAUCGAAGGCGAGUUUCUUGAUUUGCUUGCACGAGUAGCAAGUAAACAGAAGAAGAAACAAUGGGCGUGGCUGGGCAACUGCAAGCUUGGAAUGCAGGAGAUGAAACCGACGGGAAGGAAGGCUCUUGGUGAAGAUGUUUGCUAA